CCCCGCCCCGCUCGCCAAUACCGCUGCCGGGGGCCACAGCGCUUCCUUUCUGCGCUCGAGCUCGUGGAGGCGGCAGCAGGCGCGCCCUCGACAUGCAGAACGACGCCGGCGAGUUCGUGGACCUGUACGUGCCGCGGAAAUGCUCCGCCAGCAACCGCAUCAUCGGCGCCAAGGACCACGCGUCCAUCCAGAUGAACGUGGCCGAGGUUGAUAAGGUGACGGGCAGGUUCAACGGCCAGUUCAAAACCUACGCUAUCUGUGGGGCCAUUCGCAGGAUGGUGAGUGCGUCCCGCUGCACUUCCCGCGCGCGCCGGGGAAGGGAGGUGUGCUGGCCGCCCGCCCCUUCCUGGAAGGUGAGUCCGAUGACUCCAUCCUCCGACUGGCCAAGGCUGACGGCAUCGUUUCAAAGAACUUCUGACUGGAGAAGAUCACGGAUGUGGGAUAUUUGUCAUAAAUAAAUAGUAAAACCCA